CCCACCUCCUGCACCUCCGGGUCCGCCUCCUGUAAAUCAGGUCUCCGCAAGAUCAGUCGCUAUUCUGGGCCGUCACCCGAAGCAGGCGAAAGAGUCCGGUACAAGUACGCGUAACCUACCUCCGCCUGCACAUAUGCCACCUCCGCCACGACCUCCGGAGGAAGACAAUCCCGACCAUGCACACAUGCUCGCGAACGUGUGGAUGAAUGCGAAUAAGCUCGCCGAGAUGGUGAAGACGCAGGGCUUGGUGUACAAAAAGGGUAAGUUUUCUGCCAUCGAGGAUGCUCAGCUUUGCGCGGCGAUCGAGACUUUCCGGGUGAACAAGGGCAUGACCGAGCAAGAUAUUACCGGACUUAUCUUCUCUAAAGAUCACGGAAGAGGUGACGCAUUCUGGCAAGAAAUCACGUCUGCUCUUCAUUUGCGCCCUAUCGCGGCCGUAUAUCACCACGUCCGCAGACUGUGGCAUCCGCUUAGGGGUCAAGGGAGAUGGGUGCCCGCUGAGGACGAGAACCUGAGAGACGCUGUCGCUCAGCUUGGCCAACAGUGGGAGAAAAUCAGUGAGCGAGUCGGACGAUCUGCCGGGGACUGUCGGGACAGAUGGCGGAAUCAUUUGGAAGGUCAGGAAGUUAGGAGGAGCGGUCAUUGGACGAAGGAAGAAGAGGAAGAGCUCACGAAGAUCGUUACCGAGGUUACUGUCUUGCAGGGGAAGGAUAUGGAUAACGAUAUCUUCUGGGGUGCUGUCAGUCAGCGUAUGGGUGGUCGCCGCGGUCGACAGCAGUGUCGAAUCAAAUGGACGGAUUCACUAUCGACCCAGAUCAAGAAUGAAGGUGCGAAGCCUCGCUGGAGUCAGCUAGAUGCAUAUAUCCUUGUACAUAAGGUCGACUCACUGAAGGUUAACGAUGAUAGCGAGAUUGAUUGGAAAAAGCUUCCCGACGAACAUUGGAACAUCUGGAGUGCACACACAUUGCAGCGACGGUGGCUGACGAUGAAACGUAGCAUCAAAGGCUACGAGGAUAUGACGCAUGCAGAACUCAUGGAUAUCCUUCGAACAAAAAAGGCUCAGACACCGCCACCCCAAACCGCAUCCCGCUCAAAAUCACAGAAACAGCCUCGAAGCGCAGAGACUAUCGCUGAUUCUGAUUUGGAAGAAGAAGACGGUUCUACUCCUCGGGCAAGCUCGAACUCGAGCCAUGUGGCAUAGACUAUACCCUCGCGAUUCACGCGUAGUUAGGCCUGCUCCCCUUACACUGUCCAGAUAUUCUAUAGCGCAAUGCAAUUUCUGCGACCCGCCCCUCCCACCAUGCAGGGCGAGCGUGAGAAAAUGCGGCAACAAGCGA